AGGGCGCCACGCGCGCGGGGACCCGCUUUCGCGAUAUUUGUUUAGAUUAUUUGAGAAUGCUAAUCACGAAUUGUAUCGGGUUUGCGAGUCGUUUCGCCCGGUCUCGAAAUUUAAAAACCACGCAGACGAUAUCGAUCGAGUUGUACGCGUACGAUUGAACCUGGUGACCCGUCGCCCUAACCUCAAAAACAAAGCGCCUAACUUUAGGGUUAAAUUCGUCGCCGAACCGGCUUAUGGAUGGGGUACGCCGUUACUGAGUCGCGUUCAGCGAUGGCCUCCGACGAUUUCGGGUUGCGCAUCGAAGACGACCUGUUCAGCUUCGAGACCGACCAUUUGGCGCUCAAGGGCAACAAAGACUACUCGGAAGUGCUGAAGACGCUCGUCGUGCUCACCGCGCAGCGCGAGCAAGCCCUCAAGGACUACAAGAGGGUGGCCGAGUUGAAAGCGGAAGCGUUGAGGGACCCGCUCGAGACCUUGGAGAGAGUGCGCAAAGACGGGAACCUGGGGCUGCCGCCGAUGCACCAUUUGCCGAAACUGCCGGCCAUCGAUUUCCAAAAGUACGACGUCGCGGUGCCUCAGCACGAGCUGAAAGAGAUCUACUCGGACCCGCAGGUGGACGCCGACGACAAGCUAGACGUGAAGCCGCAGAACGUCGCGAACAACAACGUGUGGACUCCCGAGGAGCAGAAACGCCUCGAGGAGCUGCUCCACGUCUAUCCGCCCGAACCGAUCGAAAUGAGACGCUUCCAGAAAAUCGCCAAGGCGCUCGGAAACAGGACCGUCCACCAGGUCAGCAGCCGUGUGCAAAAGUACUUCGUGAAGCUGUUCAAGGCCGGGCUGCCCAUACCCGGCCGUAUCCCCAAAUCAGGCGAAAAAUACAAGAAAUCCGCAUUGCACAAGCACCAGCGGCACAACCACUACUUGUGGAAACCCUCCACGUUUUUCCCGGACCUGUGCGUGCCCGUACAAAUGGACCCCUUAAACGACGCCCCGGGACCCAGUUGUUCGACGUCCGGGACCCCGGGGACCGACGACACGGCGUGCGAAAAUUACCUGCUGCCGUCGGAGUACGCGCGGGCGUCGCCGCAGGCGACGUCGUCCAAGGACCACGUCGAGCUCCAGCUGGAACUGCUGCGCAGGAUCAGGCUGGAGAAGGAGAAGGAAAACGGCGACGAUUACGCGCCCCAAAGCCACGCGGGAUUCAGGUGCGACUACUGCGACGAGGAGCCGAUAGUGGGCGCCAGGUGGCACUGCGCGACGUGCGCCGAUUCCGUCGAUUUCUGUACCGACUGCGUCGUCGCGCAGAUGUACUCAGACGCCCCCCACCCGCUGACGCACUGGCUGGUGGUGUACGCGGAGGCGGGCGUCGCCGCCUCCAACGGCUCGCGGUGUCCCGAAGGCGACGUCUUCCAGGAAGACGGCAGCUACGGUUCUUCGGAAUAAUUUAUUUUAAUACACGUUCAAUAAAUUUUAAUUUUUUACACUU